ACACACUCCCUAUGAUCGACGUGCCUUUAUUUCCGUCAAGUUAGAGCGGUCAAAGAUGCCAGGGCAUUCCAUCUAUGUGGACGGCAGGAAAUAAAAAAGGCCAAGGAUGACGAUGCCGUACAAUCACAACGAGAAAAACUGGAAGAUUGUUUCUUUUUUUUUCAUUUUUUUUAUUUUUUUGCGGGUCCUAAAAAUGUCCCUGAAUAGAUAAAUAACUUUUAAAAUAUAUGUUGAUAGCGUACGCAUUUGCUUUGACAAAAAGUUAAACAUUGUAAAAAUAAAUUACCAAUUCUGCUUGUUAUUACAUAAUUUAAAUGUCAGUGAAUUGUCUGUCAUCGUAACUUCGACCUUUGCAAUAUGGCCACUAUGUAGGCACGUUAGUUAAUUGAGCAGCUAAAAUGCAGUAUUGUAUCGAUUGUUAUAUUUAUUGACGCGACCUCAGACGGUAAUUGUUCAUAAUUAGCUCAGAAUAUUAUUUUUGCAUUCAUCCCUAUUCUAUUUUAUAUUAAAACUGUCAUGACUUGUUUUCUGAUUGACUGCCCAUUGCAACAAAUGUUUCCGCACGAAGCCAUUCUGGAACGGAUGAUCCAACAAGGAAGCGACCAGUGACAUCAACGUGAUAGGUCAAAAUAACACUGUACAUGUGGCCUCGAUUUACGACGGGGUUCUGAGACGAAGUAGCGCAAGCCUAUUGAUGGACCCAAAGAGUGAAUGAGACACGCCCCUUGCCCCCCCCGGAGACCCACUAUGCUCUCAACCAAACUCACCUGCUGGGAUACAGUGAUCGCCCUCAGGAGGUUCCUCUGGCAUCCCGGUUGCCUCUCCAGCCUCUGUACCCUCCCCCACAGGAAUGAGCCAUGGUCCGACACACUCCGUGCGCGUCCCUGGGUCCACAGAACCGUCUGGUCAUCAAUUGGUCAUGGAAGGAGGACGUUCAGCGUGUCCGCAACAGCAAUAGUAAACGCAGCCCCGGGGCCUGUCCAGCCAUAUCUUCGCUUAAUGAGGCUGGACAAACCAAUCGGCACGUGGCUGCUGUACCUUCCGUGCACGUGGAGCAUCGCCCUGGCUGCCGAGCCGGGCUGCCUUCCGGACUUAGGGAUGCUGGGCCUGUUUGGUACGGGGGCCGUACUGAUGCGAGGCGCCGGCUGCACCAUCAAUGAUAUGUGGGACGAAGACUUUGACAAGAAGGUGAGCCGGACAGCCACGAGGCCCAUUGCGUGCGGGGACGUUUCCCGUCUCCAGGCUCUGGUGUUCUUGGGAGGGCAGCUGUCGCUCGCUCUCGGUGUGCUUGUCUGCCUCAACUAUUACAGUAUCGCUCUGGGCGCCGCCUCCUUAUCUCUUGUGGUCACGUACCCACUGAUGAAGAGGGUCACUUAUUGGCCUCAGCUGGUGCUCGGUCUGGCCAUCAAUUGGGGGGCACUGUUGGGUUGGGCCGCUGUCCGGGGUGCCUGCGAUUGGUCGGUGUGUCUCCCUCUCUACUUCUCCGGCGUCAUGUGGACACUCACCUACGACACCAUUUAUGCACAUCAGGACAAGGAGGAUGACGUCAAGGUGGGCGUCAAGUCGACGGCGCUCAGAUUCGGCGAGCAGACCAAGCCUUGGCUGUGCGGCUUCACGGCAGCCAUGAUGGCUGGCCUGGUAAUGGCGGGAGUCCACGCCGAACAGACCCUCCCGUACUACGUCUCCCUCGCUGCCGUCACAUUUCACCUCAUGCAUCAGAUUUCCACCCUCGACAUGGACAAGCCAGAGGACUGUUGGAAGAAGUUUGUAUCCAACAGAAACCUGGGACUUGUGCUACUUUUAGGAAUCAUCGCUGGUAACCUGUGGAAAGAAAGAGAAGAGAAAAGAGCAAAAUAAGGACUGGUCAAUGAUCACAGAUUUUUUUACGCCGGAUGCCCUUCCUGACUCAAUUCCUCUGCAUUUAUUCGGGGAGAAUAUGCGUGCAUCAUAGACCCCUGACGACCCCUUAUGGGACAAGCCGAAAGGAAAACAAGAAGAAGACGAGCUGGAGCCUAUCCCAGCUAACUUGGGACGAAGGCAGACUACACCCUGAACUGGUCGCCAGCCAGUCACGGGGCAGAUAUCGACACCAUUGAUCUGAUGCAAUAAAAUACAUAGAUUGCCUCAUCGAA